CAAGUCGCUCCCUCAGCCAAGCGGACUACUUCCCUGUAGGUCGGCCUGAAGACCGCCACCCUGGAAGAGUGCUUGCUUGGCUGGGUGUUCCGUUUUUCCUUCAUCAUUUUUCCUUCACUUAAAUCUACUCAGUCUCCCCACUGUGCAGUAACCUAUUUAUGUUGCCGCUCCUUGCGGAACCUUUAUGACGUCGGAACCCAAGCGCAGUAGGGCGCGGGCGGCUGGAGGACUGCUUUGGCAAAGGACAACCAGUUAUCUGUGGCGGGUUGGUCGGCACAGUUCCGGUGAGAGAACGCGGCAGUGAGGACUUCGGCUUUGGUUCCUGAAAUGCAUCGUCCGAAUUUUCGACCCCCGACCCCUCCUUACCCAGCCCCGGGUGUAGGAGGUUGGGGUGGCGGGAGCGGCUUCCGGGGUACCCCGGGCGGGGGCGGACCACGGCCGCCCUCCCCUCGGGACGGGUACGGGAGCCCGCACAACACGCCGCCUUACGGGCACCGGUCUAGGCCCUACGGAAGCACCCACUCUCCGCGACACGGCGGCAGCUUCUCGGGGGGCCGGUUCGGGUCACCGUCUCCUGGCGGCUACCCUGGCUCCUACUCCAAGUCCCCCGCGGGGUCCCAGCAGCAAUUCGGCUACUCCCCGGGGCAGCAGCAGACCCACCCCCAGGGUUCUCCAAGGACAUCCACACCAUUUGGAUCAGGGCGUGGUAGAGAAAAAAGAAUGUCUAAUGAGUUGGAAAGUUAUUUCAAGCCUUCAAUGCUUGAAGAUCCUUGGGCUGGCCUAGAACCAGUAUCUGUAGUGGACAUAAGCCAACAAUACAGCAAUACUCAAACAUUCACAGGCAAAAAAGGAAGAUACUUUUGUUAACAUUUCUGAAAUUCAACUGGAAGCUUCAUGUGUCAGGAACAUCUUGGACAAAACUUUUACUUGUGAAAAUAAGUUGAACCCAAAGAUGUUGAUUUUGAAUAAUUAGUAGGGUCUUGAUAUUUUUCAUUAUAUCAAGUGUUGUUAUUAGAGAAGAAUGUAGGAUAAUUUUCAGUAUUUAGUUCUCUGAAAGUGCCUAUCACAUUUAGACUUACAAUUUCAAUAUAUUUAACAUUCCUGGUUAUAUAAUGGACAUUUGUCUUUUAAAUGUUUUUCUAAUGUUUUAAAAUAAAACAUUUUGUCUUUCUA